AUGUCUCUCGCUCAGCAUGUAACCCAGACUGAGGGCUUCGAUUACGAAGGCCCAGCGAAUCCCAGCUAUGAAGGUCCGAGUCAUCCGAGUGUAUCUCCUGAGUUUGUCACAGAAAAUACUCUUGUUCCUGGGGAUGAACGCGAUCAAAGCGGUGACCGAUCAGAAUGGCGACGAUUGAAUUUUGCUCCUGUUGAGAUUGCUAAGAAAUUACCCAACAUUGCUGCUUACAAGGUCUCCAACCUCAAGCGCUACGUUCAGGUAGCGACUGGUAUAAUUGCUUGUUGGUUCGCAGCAGGCAUCGUCUUCGGCUUCGCUGCCCUCAAGCCAAUUCUCAUCAAGGAGGGCAUCUACUCCGAUCUCUGCCCGGUGGUGGACUACAGGAUCCCAUGCGCCGAGCAAGACAUGCGCUUAAACCUUUUGUUCAUCUCAGCUUCAAUCUCUGCGAAUGUUUCUUCUCUUCUGGCCGGCUCUGUCCUUGAUCGCUUCGGUCGACGGGUGUGUUGGCUGGUCUCGAGUGUCCUGCUCGCCCUCGGUUCGUUGAUGAUGGCCAUCUCAUUCUCGCAUCCCGGCUUCCACGGAUAUCUCAUCGGGAACAUCCUCCUAGCUUUCGGUGGCACAUUUAUCUUCGUCUCUAGCUACCAACUAGCCAACGCGUUUCCCAGAUAUUCUGGACUCAUCGUCGCGCUCGUCACCGGCGCCUUUGAUGCCUCGGCUGCAGUGUUUUUGUUCUAUCGCAUGGCUUAUGAUGCUUCCGACGGAUCAUUUUCACUCGACAAAUUCUUUUACGGCUACAUUUCCGUCCCGGUCGCCAUUUUACUGGCUGAAUUCCUGUGGAUGCCAGCGCACUCGUACCAUACCCUUCCGCAACUCGAGCAGAAAAUCGAGCACGCCCAAGACAGCACUCGCGAUCUUCACCAAUCUGAUGAAGAGAUCGAGAAUACAAACGAACUUACCCGCGUCCGAAGUGCGCGAGCCGGCCAGAGAAAGGCAAAGCUUGAGAAGAUUGAGCAACUCGCCGGCGAUCGUCAAGAACGGGGCGAGCGAGUCAGAGAAGAGGAGGGCCGACAGGAAGCCAGUGGUGUUUGGGGUGUUCUCCAUGGAAUGCCAGCUCACCAGCAGAUGAUGACGCCUUGGUUCAUUCUCAUUCUGGUUUUGACUAUCCUCCAGAUGAUUCGCAUGAACUACUUCAUCGCGGGUGUCAGAUCGCAGUAUCGAUACAUGUUGGGCUCCGACAAAGCCGCUGAGCGCAUCAAUGAGUUCUUCGAUGCUGCUCUCCCCAUUGGAGGCGUCGCCGCGACGCCUUUCAUUGGAAUUUUGCUCAACAACCUGAGUGUUCCCGCUACCUUUUUCGUUUUGACGGUAUUUAUCAUCGUGAUUGGAGUCCUGAACUGUAUUCCGAACAUAAUUGCUGGAUACUUCACAGUCGUUGCUUUCGUCUUCUUCCGUCCUCUGUAUUAUUCAGCAGUUUCUGACUACGCCACCAAAGUCUUCGGUUUCGCUACGUUCGGGCGCAUUUACGGAACGGUCACUUGCGUCUCCGGAAUCACGCAGCUCAUUCAGUCCGGACUCGAUGCGCUUACUCAUGGUCCACUACACGAUGACCCAACGCCCGUCAACGCGACUUUGGGCGCCGCUGGAGCCCUGGUAGGGCUUAUCUUGACCAUCUUCAUUACUGUCAAGGGUAGAGUCUUUGUCGAGAAGAGGGUUGACAUGUGGGCCGACGUUGAAAGAGAACGACUCUUGUCAGAAGAUCGGAUCGGAUAUGGAACGGGUCACGAAGUUCAAGAAUAG